ACCGCACGAUAGUAGUAAUAAAUUAGGGGAAGAUCAAAAUAAAAAAGAAAGUUUGAUAGAUCGAAGAAGAAGGAGCAGUAGCACUGGCAGCAACCUGUUCUCACUCUUGCAACUUGUUCCCACUGCCGACGCCAACAAAGAGACCCACAACUCAACCUUAAAACCUCAUUUGAAUCAACCCAUCAUUUGUUUCUGUCUACCAUCACCAAUAGUAAGAGACAGAAACAUGGCUAUGACUAAAUCAAGGGUUACAGUUUUAAGAGCAAGUUUGAUAAUAGUAGCUGUUUCCAUAGCAGGUUACAUAUUAGGUCCUCCUCUCUAUUGGCAUUUCAAAGAAGCUUUAGCUGCUGUCAAACAUUCUUCUUCUUCUUCUUCUUCUUCCACUUGUGCCCCUUGUCACUGUGAUUGUUCUUCACAGCCCACUUUUUCAAUUCCACAAGGGCUGAGCAACAUUUCAUUUGGAGAUUGUGCAAAACCUGAUCCAGAAGUGAACGGAGACACCGAAAAGAAUUUUGCAGAGCUAUUGUCAGAAGAACUAAAGCUACGUGAAAAUGAUGCUUUGGAAAAUCAGCGACGCGCUGACAUGGCUUUGCUUGAGGCAAAGAAGAUCGCAUCUCAGUAUCAGAAGGAAGCAGACAAGUGUAAUUCUGGUAUGGAAACAUGCGAGCAGGCGAGGGAGAAAGCUGAGUUGGCAUUAGUCGCUCAGAAGAAGGUAACUGCAUUGUGGGAACUUCGAGCUCGCCAGAAAGGAUGGAAAGAAGGGGUUGCCAAAUCUAAUACUCAGUCUCAAGGAAAAGUACAAACUUCUUAGAAGCAUAAUAUGGCUUCCAUGGAGUGUUUCUUGCUUCCUUUUUUUAAACGGAAAAUAUUAGUAUUGUUAGUAGUGUUUCUUGCAUAUUACUUUUGAGAAGUGUUUUUAAAUGCUGGUAAUAGAAAAUCGUAUAGUUCUCUUAUGUGUUCAUGAAAAGUCAAGUGUAAAAAUACAAAUGUUUGUUGUAUUUCUAACAUCCAUUUUUAGCCAUUGAUUCGAAAUGUACCACGGCUGAAAACUAGAAAUCGUUAUUUAUUAUGAUUUAUGAUGAAGUUAUAAAUGGAAAAUAUAUCACUAUUGACUUGA